CUCUCUAUGCCAAAUAGCCCAAAUAUAAAGUUGUCAGUCUAGUGUUGUGGUGAUUGAGUUUUUCAUCAGGAGCUAUGUAUUUUCCGUAGAAUAUUCCAAAUUUGAAGUGACAAUGUAUACAACAGUAUCAAAUAUUGAUUUUCUGUGAUGAGUUAAUACAAAAUCUGGCAUAAUGAAGAAUAUAUCUCCUAAUAUCAAAUAUGAAAAGGUGCCCCAACAACACUUUGGAGACAUUGGCCGAAAAUCUCAUCGCAGUUCUAUUUCGGACAACAAUGCGGGAUCCAUCAUGUGGAUGACAGCCAGUGAAGCUAGUAGUUUAACAUUAGAAGAAGUAGGGGAUAGGCUCAGCGUCGAUAUACACAAAGGUCUUAAUUGGCAAGAGGCAAACAGAAGAAGACAAUUUUCGGGGUACAACGAAUUCACAGUCAAAGACGAGGAACCACCAUGGAAAAAGUACUUAGAACAAUUCCAGAACCCACUGAUAUUAUUAUUAUUAGCAUCAGCAUUAGUGUCAGUUUUCAUGAAACAAUUCGACGAUGCAAUAAGUAUCACAGUAGCUAUAGUCAUUGUCGUCACAGUAGCUUUCGUUCAAGAAUAUAGAUCGGAGAAAUCACUACAAGAACUUACAAAAUUAGUUCCUCCUUCAUGUCAUUGUUUGAGAGAAGGCACACCUGAUUCAUUCUUAGCUAGAGAAUUGGUACCUGGAGAUGUAGUCAUUCUAAAUGUUGGAGAUAGGGUACCAGCAGAUGUUAGGCUUUGUGAAGCAACAGAUCUGAAUAUAGAUGAAAGUAGUUUCACUGGAGAAACUGAACCAGCUCGAAAGAACACAGGACCAGUAUUGAGGCCCAACGGUGCACAUUCCUCUAAUACCAACAUUGCAUUCAUGGGCACCCUUGUGAGAUGUGGACAUGGCAAGGGAAUCGUUGUUAGUACUGGAUCAAAUAGUGAAUUUGGAUCUGUAUUCAAAAUGAUGUUGGAGGAAGAAGCGCCCAAAACACCUCUUCAAAAGUCCAUGGAUAAUUUAGGAACUCAACUAUCAAUGUAUUCAUUUGCUAUAAUUGGACUUAUUAUGUUCAUUGGUUGGAUGCAAGGAAAACAACUUAUGGAAAUGUUCACCAUUGGGGUCAGUUUGGCUGUUGCUGCAAUUCCAGAAGGUUUACCAAUUGUGGUGACAGUAACUUUGGCUCUGGGCGUAAUGAGAAUGGCAAAAAGAAAUGCGAUUGUCAAAAAAUUACCAACAGUCGAAACUUUAGGUUGUGUUAAUGUGAUCUGCUCUGACAAAACUGGAACAAUAACUCGAAAUGAAAUGACAGUUACUGUUCUUGUGACAUCCGAUGGUUAUAUAGCUGAACUUACUGGAGCUGGUUACAAUGAUCAUGGACAAGUUUUAUUACAUAAAUGUGAUUAUCCUGAUAGAGCAAGAGAAAGUGUACAUCAACUUUUGGAGGUAGGAGCAGUUUGUAACAAUGCCAUCAUUCAAAACGAGUCAUUGCUAGGAACACCAACAGAGGGAGCUCUUUUGUCUGCUGCAAUGAAACAUGGGAUGUACAACAUUGGUGAAACUUACAUUAGGCUUCAAGAGUUCCCCUUCAGCUCAGAACAGAAAAUAAUGGCAGUACAGUGUAUUUCGAAAUAUGAUAGCGAUAAGAAAGAAGUUUGUUUUGCAAAGGGUGCAAUCGAAAAAGUUUUAGCUAAAUGUAAUCGUUAUAGUAUUAAUGGACGGUACGAAACUUUGACACCAAAAAAAGAACAAGAAUUUAUGGGAGAGGCUGUGGAAAUAGGAAAGAAGGGCUUGAGAGUUUUGGCGAUGGCUAAGGGAGAUAGUUUUCAAGACAUGGUUUAUCUAGGCUUAGUUGGAAUCUGUGAUCCACCUAGACCCCUGGUUAGGGAAGCAAUUACAAUACUCAGCCAGUCUGAGGUUCAAGUUAAGAUGGUAACUGGAGAUGCAGUUGAUACAGCAGUUGCAGUCGCACAAUCCAUUGGUCUGGACACAUUACCUUCACAAGUUUUAUCAGGGGAACAAUUAGAUUUAUUAUCGGAGACUGAAAUGGACGCUAUCGUUCCUAGAGCAACAGUAUUCUAUAGAGUAUCACCUAAAAAUAAGUUAUCCAUUGUGAAAAGUUUACAAAGAACCGGUCAUAUUGUUGGAAUGACAGGUGACGGGGUUAACGAUGGAGUGGCCCUCAAGAAAGCAGAUAUCGGCAUUGCUAUGGGAAAAAACGGCACUGAUGUUUGCAAGGAAGCUGCAGAUAUGAUCUUGGUAGAUGAUGAUUUUUACACUAUCAUUGCUGCUAUAGAGGAAGGCAAAAGUAUAUUCUAUAAUAUAAGAAAUUUCGUGAGAUUUCAGCUUUCUACAUCAAUAGCAGCUCUAUCACUGAUUGCCCUUGCUACUAUGAUGGGUAUUCCUAAUCCUCUUAAUGCUAUGCAAAUAUUGUGGAUAAAUAUUAUUAUGGAUGGUCCUCCAGCACAAAGUUUAGGGGUUGAACCGGUAGAAAAAGAUGUUGUUAAGCAGAAACCGAGGGAUACCAAGGAGCCAAUGAUUACAAAGAAGCUUAUUAUCAAUGUUUUAUUAUCAGCUCUUUUCAUUAUUGGUGGAACUUUAUGGGUGUUCAAAAGAGAGAUGAGUUCUCAGGGAAUAACCGCCAGAGAUACCACAAUGACAUUCACUUGUUUUGUCUUUUUUGAUAUGUGGAAUGCUCUGUCUUGUAGAUCUCAAACGAAAAGUGUCUUUCAAAUUGGACUUUUUUCGAACAAGAUGUUUUUAGUUGCUGUCACAUUAUCUGUUAUUGGACAGCUUUUGGUGGUCUAUUUUCCACCGUUACAGAAAAUUUUCCAGACGGAGGCACUGACACUUUUAGAUAUGGUAUUCCUCACAUGUUUAACAUCAUCUGUAUGGAUAUUCUCAGAAAUUAAGAAAUUGGCUGAGCGAGUCAUAGAGCAGAGAAGACUUUGCAAGAGAUCUCCUUUAGAAGUCCUGGCUGAAGUAGGAUUACAAGUUCAAAAAGUAACUUAUUCAGAACAUUCAGUAGAGUCUAUUUGAAUACAGAAUGAUUGGAUUUAGAAACAUGAAUAUACUAAAUGCACCAAGCCAAUGGGACUUCAGUGGCAUACACUCUUUCAAAUUUCAACAAUAAAUUCAAAAUUGUAUGCUGAUGCUAUAUUGUAAACCUUUGUGCUAUGACAAUUUAAGUUUGUGUUGGUAUAACAACUUAUCUGAAGUAAUGUUUAUGAAUUUUCAAUGUACCUCCACCUGUUUGAUAAUUCAAUUUCUAAAUAAAGUGGCAAGUCUUCUUGAA